AUGUCGUCCUACCCGAAGCGUUCGUUCUCGUCGCACAUCCGUGCCUCUACUGCUGCUGGCUCCUCGGCACAGUCGCCGGCAUUGGUGGCACGCAUCGAGGAGAAGAAGGCGGAACUGGAGCACUUGAAGGAGCUCCAGGAACUCAGCUCGGCAGUCGCAACGCAGAUGGAGGCUCUUGAGCAUAAGCUGUCGACGCUGUCUGAUGGGACAGAAGCCAUUGCGGCAGUCGUGGGGAACUGGCACAAUGUUCUUCGGGCAAUCAAUAUGGCGUCGUGUAAGUUCCCAUACGACCAAUCCGACCACGGUUCCGAACAGAAUGCGAAACUCACCAAAAUCCCUGGCGAGCCCGAGGAGGAGCAAACCGAAGACAAUGACGAUUCGCUUCCCCAGACGUUGGUACGCAUACCGACAGAGCAUGCACCCGUCGUGCAAGCACAGGCCGACGCUGCCCAGGAGGACUCUAUCAUGAGCACAUAA